CUUGUUAAGGACAUUUUAGACAACCCAAAAAAAUUGGCGUAAUGUUACAACGGUUAGACACAAAACAAGAGAUGUUUCCCUCUUUUAUCUUCACCUCAAACGCCUGAGAUGAUAAUUCGACUGCAAGUCCUUCCCCAAACCCUAAUCCCUUACUCUUCCUUCAAUUCCCCCCACAAAUUCUCCCAAAACCCUAACCCUAAGACAAACUUCCAUACAAAAUCUAUCAAUGCUCUCACAUCCCUCCAUAUCCGAGCAUCACUAGCCCCCCAACUCACCACCACAACCACCACCACCACUCCAUCACCAACCUCCGGUUCAGGCCUCCGAUUUCGCGAGAAACUCCUCUACCUCCAAGCCCUCAAAGUCAAUCCCACCAAGGCGCUCAACAAAAACCCUAAUAUACGAUCAGCUCCACUCAGCUCCCUCAAGUCUGUCGAGAAAUGCCUCUUUUCAAUGGGAAUAGAGCGGUCCGCUUUGGGCCGCAUCUUCGAUAUGCAUCCACAGCUGCUAACCUGCGAUCCCUACACCGUUCUCUACCCCGUAUUUGAUUUUCUAUUAAACGACGUGAAUAUCCCCUUUCACGAUAUCAGAAAAUCGAUAAUUCGGUGCCCCAGAUUGUUGAUUUGUAGCGUAGACGAUCAAUUGAGACCCACACUGUGUUUCUUGAGAGAAUUAGGGUUUGUGGGGCAGAACGCAGUCACGUGCCAGUCGACGUUGUUGUUGGUUUCGAGUGUGGAUGGCACUCUUGUGCCAAAGCUCAAUUAUUUGCAGGAAUUGGGUUUUUCAUAUGAGGAGGUAGUUAACAUGGUUUUGAGAUCACCGGGGUUGUUGACAUUUAGUAUAAUGAAUAAUUUUCAGCCAAAGGUGGAAUAUUUUUUGAAGGAGAUGAAUGGGGAUUUGGUGGAGCUAAAGAGGUUUCCUCAGUAUUUUUCGUUUAGCUUGGAGGGAAAGAUAAAGCCUCGGCAUAGGCUUUUGGUCGAACAUGGGUUGUCACUUCCGUUGUCGGAGAUGUUGAAAGUUAGUGAUGGGGAGUUCAAUGUGCAGUUGAUUGAGAUGCGAUUGCGAUUGCUUGAUGGGAGAAGGUUGUAUUGGAGGUGAACAUUUAUUUUAAGCAAGGGGAUGAUGAGGUCCAAAGCCGAUAUCAAUUUGCUGAUAGUGAAGGAAUAUUGUUUGUGCUUGAUAUUGAUGCUGGAUAGGCAGUGGAAGAGGAGGUGUUGAUGGAGAAUUUGGCAAAGGUGUGUCUUGCGCACGUAAACAGAGAUGAUAUAAGAUCACACAAAUUUGACUAUAUUGGAAUAUUUUGUAUGUAUAUAUUUACAGAUUUAACAUGUAUAAGUUCAAGUGGAGCCAAGCCUGAUAUUGGUUAAAGAAUGGUUGAGCUAGCCCUAGCUUGUCUAGGCUUAUUUGUACCUGAGCCGGAGCUGAACUCUCCCUGACUUCUGCGAGCUGAGG